AUGGGGUCGGGUCGCGGUCGCGCGGACGUCUCGGCCUUCUUCGCCGUGGCUCGUCAUCGUCAUCGGCUCUUCAACCGUGCUCAACGCGGCCUCGACGGUCGCAAGCGGGCUCGAGUGUAUUUCCUAUCUUUCAUCAAGACUGUAGAAACUUUCGGAUCGUAUCGACUCGCCGACCAGCGCUGGCGAACGGAGACACACAACCUCGCGGACACGCCCACUCGAUCAUCAAAGAGGUCGACACAUGGCGACGAACCAACGUCUCGCACCCCUACCCCCUGCUGGAGCGACCACUGCUGGAGCACCUCGACCUACUGGACCAGGUGCAGCACCCGUUCCUCAAGCUGUUGCUGUUGCUCCCAAUGGAGGAGGCGUGCACCAACCUCGCCGGGGCUUCUUGCGAAGGAACUUGAUGAUGGGCAGUCAUCGCUCACACGUGAUCGCCAAAGUGCUCGACGUGACGACGCAUCAUUGGGAGAUCAAAGCCGCGGAGAGGUUGGAUCCGGAGAGGCACAGCACGUUCGAGCAGCAGGCCGAGAGCGUUAAUGCUCAACAAGCGCUGAGGAGAGGUAGGUUGUGCUCCCUUUGGCGAGAGUCGGUCGCAAGAGCUAAUUGAUGCCCUCGGUGGGACUUGACGUAGCGUGGCAGAAAUGGCCUGCGCAUCCUAUACUCGCCGCUGGGACGCCGGCCAAGACAGCUACAGGCACUUUCUCAACAAUAGACACAACAAGGAUCGACCAAGACUCUUCCAUGUCCGCACCCGCCGGUCCCGCCUCCCUCCCGAUCGAACUGAUCCCGCUGAUCCUCGAAUCGCUCUACGACUUUCCCGAAACGUUCGACCCAGCCCCUUUCGUCGACCUCGCUCGAAUAUGUCUCGUCUCGAAGGCUUUUCUCCGUUUUGGCGUCGAGUUGCUCUAUCGCGAUAUUCGACUCGAAAUUGUCGAAGAAUGGGAUCCCCAACCCUUGACUGAACAGGAAGUUUUUGAGUUCGGGGCUACUAUUCGAGGCGAACGCGAAUUGAGAAGGACGGUCUGUCGACUCAAGAACCUGGGCCUGCACGAGGCGCUGUAUCAGAAUGAAGCGUUGAGGAGACAUGUGAGGACUUUGGUGUUGGAUGCAAGCUUUGAGGGGGAUCGAGAGGUGUAUGACGAGUUGGAGGGUAUGACGAUGAUGAGUUUUACGAUUGACAAGAUCGCGCCCUUGUUUGAGAUGGUAGGUUUCAAGGGUGUGGGUGCGGACGCGAAUUUUUGCGUAGACAGAACUGAUCAAAGCUCGGGUCUUCUAUAUUACAGUGUCAAGCUCUUCACGAGGUGACGCUCAAAGGUUUCCUCGGUCUCGAUAUGCUCUACAUCAUUUCAGAGGUCAGCUCUCGACUCCUUUCCCAUCUCUCUCCCUCCCUGACUCCGGCCCUUGAUACCCGCACAGAUCACCCAAUGGCGACGGCAAAUCACCUCACUCGUCAUCGAAUCCUCUUACCUCGACUGCGACCUCAGUUUACUGUCCAUGGUCCUCGACCGCUUCGUCGCCCUCAAAGACCUCGUCGUCUACGGCCAUUUCGAACACAUCUCCAACCUACUCCGAACCCUCGACGUCGAUAGCUUCCAUCUCGAAGCCUUGGCGAUCGGCUCAUUUGCUCAAUCGCUGUUACCGAUGAUCGCCAAAGGAUCGAGAACCAGUCUCAAGAGUCUGAAUAUCGAGAUGGACGCGACGGGGUGGACUUUGGGUGAUUUCUCCUUGAGGGAAUUCGUCAAUUUACAGAUGAUCACCAUCGUUGCCUUUGAACCGGAGGAUGUGGAUGCUCGAGUCGAUGAUUUGAAGUACUUCAAGACUUUGAAGGAUGUGGUCGUGGUGAUUAGGCCCAGACCCGAGUCGAGGGAAGAAGCGGAGAAGUAUGGCGGGAUCGAUUUGUGAGUUCUGGUAUCGUAGGUUGAGGGUCGAAUGUCACCCUCUGGGGAAGAAGCUGAUCUGAAUUCUGGACUUUCAUUCUUCCGAACAGGACCAAGUUUCCGAGACAGAUGCGAUUCCUCGAUUUAUGGGAAGCCCCCUUUCCAGCCGCGACCAUCAUGGCGUGUAAGCAUUUCCAUUUCGGGGGUGAUGCCAUCUAGGCGGAGGAGACUCCCGUGCGAAAUUUACUCACUACCCUCCUGUUUGUCAUACGAACCAGACGGAAGAGGAACACGACGAGGUACCGGUUCUAUGAUUUGGAACGACGAGUUGUGGACCGAGGAGGAACGUGCGCAGGUCGAUGCGAUUUGGAAAGCGAGGGAAGGGUGA